AUGGGAAGUGUUUUAUUUAGAAAUAGAUAUUGGUGGUAUAGAUCACUUUAUGAUGAAUAUAUAGCCAGAGAAGCAAAAUUAUCAUUAGGUAUUGCAUCAUUUAUAUGGUUACCUCAUUAUUAUUGGGGAGUACAUAUUAAUAGAAUGUGUGAAGUUAGUUUUGCACAUAGAAAUUAUACUCACGAAUGGGGUCCACGUAGAAUAAGAUUAACACAUUCAAUGAUGUUCGAAUAAUUUGAAUAAAUACUUGAAAAUUGGCAAGAUUUAGAAGAUGAAUAUAGUGCAAGAGGAAGUAAUAUGUUAAAAUAAUAAUGAUUAGAAGAUUAUUAAAUUUUUUAUUUUAGUUUAAAAUUAUUUUAUUAUUAAAAAACAAAAUUUAAAAACAAAAAAUAAAUAUUUUUAGUUAAUA